CUGCCUUCAAACAGCUUGAUCGUUUCUAAUAGAAAAUUUACAAAUAACUAAGUUAAAGAAGCAUGGAGAUACUCAAAACCCUAGGAUUCGCAGGUCUAAUAUGGAGAGCUUCAAUAAUCAACCAAUUCUUGUGGGUAAUUGAGUUUCGAAGCCCCGAAUGAUUGUAAUGGCAAAUUUUGUGCUUGAAAUAUUCUGUUGUGUGUGUGUGCGUUCACUUGUUUGAACCCGUUGGAUAACUUGGGUGUGCUUUAUUGAGAUUCUUGAUUAACAGGGUUCUCCGGGUCUUCCCACGCUGGCGGAGCUAUUAUAUUUGAAAAGGUACCCAUUGAUGUUCAAUUAAUUCAGGAACAGAGAAGUAGCCGCCGUACCUGUAUUAUUUAGGUUUGAUGAAAUAAUUAGUGCCUUCGUACCUAUUGGGUACAAUAAUUAGUUGCAGAUGAUCUACAAUUCUGUACAUAUUACUGAAGAAUGAAUUUGCUGUAGUCUCUGUACGUAUGUUUGCAGGACGAGGAGGCGAUUGUGUUUCAGAAAUGUAGUUUCGUUCAAUAAAAUGAGGGACUCACUGCAUUAAAAAGUAGAACCACCUCCGUUUUUUCCUUCCCAGUUUGUUGUAAAAUUUUCUGGUCUGCUGCAAAUAAAGUUGUCCUUGAUGAAACACAAAUAUGGCUGUAAAGUAUAGAUGCCGUCUAAUCCAGUAAUAAGCUUAAUGCGGCUUCUUGUGCAUGGCUGCUAGUCUUUGAAUUGGCACAUUACUAUCUUCGGGAAUAUGAAGUCAUCUUUAAAAAUUAAAAAGAAAAAAAAACUUUGGGGAUAUGAAGAGUGUAAUUGCAGACAUAAGCUAAAGGUAGCUUAACAUGUGAAAUUCUGCUAUUGUAGCAAUCUAUAUGCACAUCGUCCUAAUGCUGUGAAAGUAUUUCGUAGACUCACUAGUUUAAUCUCCAAUUGGAUGUGCUUAUGUUAUAGGAGCUAAUUGGACCAUGUGGUUAUAGCCUUUUUGUCAUCAAGUGUUCCGAACCCUUUGUUUCAAACCUUUUAUCUGUAUUUUUUGUUGGUGGCAUAGAUACGCUUGCCCAGAUUCCUUAUUGAUCACUCCAAAAUUUGAAGGAGUCUUGAUUGAGCUGAAGUAUCAACAAUUCAUCAAAUAGAUGAUAUUGGCAUCCCAGUCUAGUUCUUGUUCUUACAACAAUAGAAUGUGUAAAUAAAGCAGCACAACUUUGUACAGAAGUGAAAUGUAGAUUUAUUCUUUUAAAUGUCUUUAUUGUAAAUGAACAGAAAGAACAUGUAUGCCUUCCAUGAAACAAGCCCAUCUUGGUGGAAGAAUAAUUGAUGUCCUUUAUAUUAGUAAUCAGUCGGGUCAGUUUUUUCAGAUUGGAACCUAGACUGAACUUAACUGCCUGUGAAUGAAUGUUCUCCAAGAAAAAAGGGAUAUCUAAACUUUUUAAAGAUCAAGAACCAGUUCUAUAUCAAGAGUUAUGCAGUGUGAGCCAUCUUAUGAGAUUCUCGAUUCGGCCUUUUUAUAUUUGUAUAUUUCUAGAUAGAUAUUAGGUUUAUAUUACUUAAGAUAUUGGUUUUGUGUUGGCUUUGGACAAUUACUUCAUUCAUGUUUUUCUUUUAGCAGUGAAUUUCUCGCCAUAUAUGAGUGAGCAGUACAAAAUGAUUGCAGAUUCUGCCAGAAUAGAAUGUCAUAUAGAUACAGAUGUGGACAACAAAAUGAUAGAAAGUUCAGGUGGAAGAGAUGUUUGUGAGUCAGCAAGUGGAGUAAUGCUUGAUUUAUAUGAUGACAGAGACUUGGUUGUUCCUGAAAUAGAUGAGAAUAUGCAGCCAUAUAUUGGAAUGGAGUUCGAUUCUGAAGAGGCUGCUAUGGUGUUCUAUGAUGCAUAUGCAACGCGUAUUGGCUUUAUAAUCCGCAUUGGUAAUUGCCAUCGUUCAAGCCGCGAUGGAUCAGUUAUUAGUCGCAGAUUUCUCUGUAACAAAGAAGGUUUCCGUGUAAAAAGUAAGAAAGUCAAGAAGCUUGAAGUGAGGAAGCCAAGGGAGAUAACUAGGGAGGGAUGCAAGGCAAUGAUAAUGGUGAGGAAGGAGAAGUCUGGUAAAUGGGUUGUCACAAAACUUGAAACAAAGCAUAGUCACCCAUUGGGAAUACCUGCUGGGAAGGUUCGUCAACCUACAGUUCAAGCUGGGCCACAGGAUGAAAAGGAAAAGAAAAUCCGGCAGUUGUCUGUGCAGCUUCAACGUGCAAACCAACAACUAGUAGAGUGCCGUAAGCAACUGGAUGUAGUUUUGAAAGAUGUAGAACAGCAUAUGAACCACCUCACAAAGAGCAUCCACGAAAUAGUUGAAAAUAUAAAAGAAAUUGAAGACGAGGGAGAAGAGCAAUUGUAGCAAAGUCAAUGAAUACAUACUGGCUCUGAAACCUGUGUUCUAAACUCGGGACUGGCACAUCCUUCUCUAGAACUACUAGCAAAGAUCAUAACAGGUUCUUUGCCAUUGGAAGUGCAUAUCGCAUUCAUUCAGAAGUACAUUACACUAUUUUGGUUUUAUAAAGUGAUUCUGUACAUUUCCUACAGCCUGCAGUAAUAGGAAAUCUUCAGUCAAUUUGCAUGCAGAACCCUUUUGCAGGAGAUUGUGCAUUAUCAAGCACCAUGCCUGUGAUACCCGUUUAACGGAAGUAUGCCUCCUGCUAUCUGCAAGUUGUCGCCUUGUACUUGAUUAAUUCAAUAUGGCAUCUACAUUUUGGAUUUUGGUGCCUGCAAGGAGGGAAACCAGUUUGCCGCAAUUAUAUACAAUGGCAUGGCGUUUGCACCGGAAAGAAAUGGGUAUGUGACUGUGAGUGGCAUCAUCUCCCCUUGAAAGACUGUUGAAGUGUCUUCUUUGUUUCGCUCGCUUGCUCUCUCUACAUACAUAUAGAUAGUGAAUUUGAAUUCACUCCUCACGACUAUAUUCCUUUGUCGGCCUCUUCAUCACCAUUCCUGGUGCCGUGAUACCAGCAGCAUUGAGCUGACAAGAAGCUGUUGGGCUUUGAGGUCACCUCUUUCAGUUUCAUCUCAAGCUGGCGAUCAACAUCUUCAUCUUCAUCGGCAUGGAAAUUGAUGAUUCCACUUGAGAUUCUCAUUAAGGACCUUACAUUACGGUAUCAUUAUCAACCUCAAUUGUUGUAUAGGUGAGUUGAUGGUCAAUGUUGUUGAUAUCCUGUAGGGUUGUCUGUUUGUGGAUUGUGGUGUUAUUUACUCUUCAGUUAAUCUAAUACUAGAGCUACAUCAUCAA